AUGGUUGUGCUGGCUGCUUCUAUCACCACGCUGGGCGGGAAGGCACUGCUGUCGAGGCAGUUCAAGGAUCUGUCCCGUGACAGGGUGCUUGAGUUGCUGUCGAAUUUCUCGAAUCUGGCGCUCGCGUCGAGCGGUACAGACCACACGUACGUCGAGGACGAGCACGUCCGGUUCGUUUACAAGCCGCUGGACGAUUACUAUAUCGUGCUCGUCACAAACAGGCAGUCUAAUAUCAUCAGGGAUCUGGCGACGCUGAACUUGUUUGCGGAGACCGUGGGUGUGUACGUGUCUGGUGUCCCCGAGGACGGCGUCUUCGAUAACGCGUUCGAGAUCCUCAGUGCGUUCGACGAGAUCGUCGUUAUGGGGCACAAGGAACAACUCUCCCAGACACAGGUCAACACGUACUUAGCGAUGGAGUCCCACGAGGAACGUAUCCAGGAGAUCAUCGAGCGCAACAAGGAGCUGGAGGCCACGGAGGAGCGGAAACGCCGCGCGAAGGAGAUCGCCCGCAGGGAACAGGACAGGAAGAGCUCCGCGUUUGGUGGGCCCGGGGGCAUGGACUACCCUGGUGCUGGAGGGAUGGGCCCCGGGUCGAGAUUCAACGCAUCGAGCGACCCGAACGUCACAAACGCGCUCAACAGCUACUACAGCCACGCGUCGCCAGCGGCACAGCAGUCGUACUUGCACCAACAGGCUGAGGCGGGGCCCAUGGUUGCUGCAGCACCUUCAAUGGGAAAUACGUCUGCGCCACGGUCUGGGAUGAAACUGGCCAGUACGAGAAGGACCCCAGGAGGAAUGGACUCGCAAAGAAUAUCCCAGCAACAACAACAGCAACAGCAACAGGAAAGAGCAGUCCCAGCUCAUAUUGCUGCUCUACGGGCUGAACCAAAACCAGAAAACAACGGGAUCCUGAUAUGUAUCAAGGAGACUGUGAGGGCGCAGUUCACGCGUGAGGGUGACAUCCAGUCCUCAGAAUUGAAGGGGAACCUCGAGUUGCGUAUAAAUAACGAGCAAUUGGCACACUCGUCGAUAAAGUUGACCCCGGAGACGCCGUUCCAGGACAGAUCUUACCGGUUCGAGACGCACCCGAACGUCGACAAGCAGUUGUUCUCGCAACAGGGGGUCAUCGCGCUGCGUGACCAGAAGAAGGCGUUCCCUCACAACGACCAGUCCCGUGGGAUGCUCAGAUGGAGGAAGACCGCGAACGCGGACGAUAGGUCUCUUGCACCGCUCGCGGUCACGACGUGGGUGUCACCCUCGGACGACGUGCAAGGUGCGUUCGACGUGAACAUCGAGUUCGAGAUCAAUGCGGACGCGUACCAGGGGACAAGCCUCGAGGACCUGUAUUUCUGCAUCCCAACGUUCCCACCCUCAGGUGAGAUCACUCUGCGUGACGAGUCAGAGUCUCAGACAAGUAUUGUCUCGAUCGACGACGAGCAAGGGAUCAUCCUCAAAGUGGACUCGAUCGAGCAAGGCACACAGGGGAGCAUCAACUUUGUCGUCGAGGCGGACUCCGAGGACUCGCUGUUCCCGCUGUCCGUAUCGUUCAAGCACACGGAGAUGUACAACAACGCGGGCAAGAGUCUCAUCGGCGUCGCUGUCGACACAGUCACGGAGGCUCAGGACGCAGAGGCACAAUUGCCCUUCGAUGUCAUCACAUCCAUCCGCUCCGACGAGUACGACGUCUUGUAG